CUCACUACAGCACUUCACCUUCAGCAGAGACGGAUGAAGUCUACUCACCUGUGAGUCGUUCUGCCUUCAGGAGCGAUGUUAUCGAGGUUAUCGAGCUGUUUAAACUGCACAUCCCGCAGAGCAGAAGUUCUGUCGGCGUCUCUCUCGAACUGUUGGACUUCCUUCUCUGACUCUGUAGCGAUGCGGGUCCGGUCCGGAUCGGCUGAGUCCAUAGGCUUCAUGCAGAACUUACGCGGCGGAGCUGCCGGGGGGAGACGCUUCAGACUGCCCAACUUCUUCAGAGGCAACGGGGGUCAGCCUGCUGCGAGCACCAGCCCCGAGACCGAUGGACACGUCCCGGUCCUGGAAGAGGAGCCACAGGAAGUGAUCCUCACGUUUGAGGAACAUCUUGAGGCCCUCCACUUCUCUGAGGCCAGCAGGCUGCUGAUCGAGAGAGAAGAGGCACAGAAUGAGUCUGAGCCACGUAAUGAGAAAGAAGUAAACAAGCUGGCUGCGGACUACAAAACCCUGGAAGCUCUCGUGCUGCAGACUCUGAGUCAGUCUCUCACUGGCGAGAUAAACAUCGAGGGUCUGACGUCCGCCGUGAAGGCCAUCAGCCAGGAGAUGGAGCAGGACCAGCUGUGGAGACAAAGGGACAGGAGACCACCAGCAUGGAGACUCACCAGCUGGAAGAAGCGCCACGACUCUGCGCUUCGACGCUUGGUGGAGGAGCGCAUGGACAACCCCUCCAUGCCAGUUGCUGAAAAUGGGAGGAGGUCGUCCAUCCAGACGGACGUCACCAGCAUGGGCAGGCAGCUGAAGGACGACCUGCUGUGGGUGGUGGAGGUGGUGAAUCGCUGCUACCCUCCCAAAAUGGACAUUUGUCAUUUAUACGCCAAGUUGUACCACGAAAACUUCAGCGCCAGACUCAAAAAGAUCGCAGAGUUCGUUCUGAGUGACAGUGACUGCAUGAUCCUCCUGCGCUGGGUCAACGAGUUUUAUCCAGAACUCCUUCGGAAGCCAGAGCUGGCCGGUGAGAUCGACACUGAGCUGCUGGGAAAGCUGCUUCCUAAAGAGUUACUGGAACCUCUGGAGGAGCAGUACCUGAGCAAACAGAAGGAUGAGCUGACGACGUACAUCGGCCGCGUCCUGGAGGAAGCGAAGGAAAGAUGGGAUAAAGGAGAGAUGCCGAAAAAAGAGGACGGCUGCUUCGUCGGCACCGUGGCCUACGACGUCAUUCAGCUCAUCAACGGCAUGGUGACUUCAGCUGAGAAAGUUGUUGGAGAUCGGCGCAAGGCGCAGAGCAUAACGUGCCAGCUGAAAGAUUUAAUAGAGAGGUUCAGGACCUUCCACAACGACAUCAUCAAACAGAACAAACCCAACAGCAAGCCGUUCGUCAAGGCCAACCUCGGCUGCAUCGAGCAGUUCAGUGACGUCCUCCAAAAGAAGAGUCAUCUGUUCCCGAAUGAUGUGCGGGAAAACUGUUUGCUUAUUCUGCCCGACAUGAAACAAACGGCCCACGCGUAUCUAUUAAAACCGAUCCACGAGGCCCUCAAGCCACAUUACCGUAAGGUGGGAACCAGCGACUGGCUGAAUAAAUCCGCGUUCAAGAAGCUGCUGGACGGCGUCAAAGACGAGCUUCAGGAUCUUCACGGCUCGAUUGAAUCCUGUCACCAGAAGCUGACCGACCAGCUGUACGAGGAGGUGACGGUAGAAUAUGUGAAGAGGCUGCUGAGAGGAGACGUCAAACUGAAGGACAAGGAGCAGCAGCUGAAGGCCUACAACACCAUGAGAGACAACGCAGAGAGUUUGCACAGCUUAUUCACCAGCAUGGGAUCAACGCAGGAGUGGCUGAAGGAAAUCCUGACCACGAUUGCAGAAGUGUUGAAACUCCAAGACCUCCCCGCCAUACAGAUGCAAGUAGUCUCACUGGGAUCUGCUUACCCUGACCUCAGUGACAGACACGUUUCGGCUCUGCUCAAACUCAAGACCAACCUCUCCAAAGCCGACAGGAAAAAAGUCAAAGAGACUCUGACGGACGCUUUGAAGGAACCCAGCUGCGUCGCCACUCGACCGUUUUUCUCCGCGGUUCAACUUCGAUGAGGCGUACACGUUGAGUUCUCCUCGUUUCAGUCACUUUAACGUCGGCUGAAGGUUCGGUUGUAGUGUGAGAGUAUGAUGAGCAGACUGUCUCUGUCUCAGUGUGUGAGGAUGUUACCAUGGCUGGAAAGAAUAUUGUCCGUCUGUCUGUAAAAAAGUGUUUUAUACUGUAAGAAUGUAAAUAUUAAAGCUCACAUUGUUGCUGGUAAACACGGUGCUUUGGACUGCUAUGAAAUCUGGUCAGAUGUGAAUGAGUGAAUGAGAACCAGGUAGUGAAUAUAUUUUUUUAUAUUAAAUCAGUGUUACAGUCAUUUUCAUACGUGCAAUAAAUAAAUAAUAACUUAAAUUUAUAGUUUUACACGUUUGUUUCACAUCUGAUGUAUGUUGUUGUUUUUGAGUAUGUAAUAAAUGUAAGUUAAGUUUAUCAA